GACAAGGAGUGUUGCAAUAAAGCUCUGCCAGUUUUGUAGUCAGCGCCAGCCUUUAUACUUUCCUUUUUUUCUGAGGCUUGUGUCGGCUGAGGUCUUGAACGUGUAGUCUAUAUAAAAACGAUAAGAAGCAGACACCGACGCAUCUGGAUACAACAUGUCCUUCCACAAACCCGACAUGGCUCUUCAAUAAUGUGCAGAGCACAUGUUUGAAUCUGUAGUCGACCGCUGAGCUGCCGUCAGCAUUUGUCACUCUAGUGAGGUCAACGUUUCAAGAAGGUUUUGGAAUCCCUGUAAUUACUACAGCUGGUAAGGAGUGACUCUGUCCCGGGAGGACCAUGGCCCUGUGUGACCCCUCAUGUGACGUCAUGGGUCUGACCAACGGAGGCCCCCAUUCUGUCAGUGCCAGUGCAAAUGUGCCCUCCAUCAUCGGUACCCCGGUUCGCUGUGGCCAGGACCCUCUCACAGCUCCCUCUUGUGGCGACAGUCUUUCAUCGGAAGACAAUGUAACCGUGAUGAAUACAGCUUCGAAAGUCCAGCUGGCGAAACAGAGACCGCGUGUCACCCAGAGAGCAAGCAGACAAAAUGGCGGUGUGGUCAAACAGAAUGGCUCUCUGGGGAACAUUGCCUUGAACCCAGCCAAGUGUCACAUACCUUCCUUGCUCUCAUCUUCUCAGACUCUGCCCGUACCCCCACUCUGUUGCCAACAUUGCCACUUCCAGUCCACACUUUGCUGUCCCUGUGGUCAGCCAGACUGCCCACUGUUCCAGAAUCCUAGCACUGGUCCUGGAGUCAAUUUAGUUCCCCAUCCUGCGAGUGCUCCACCCUGCCAGUGCUGCAUAUCUCCUUGCACCUACCCUCACCCCUCGUCCCCUCUUUGUCUCCAUUGUCACCAUCACCAGCCGUGGCAGGAGCGGCUUCAGAGUCCACCGACUGGAAUCAGCCCGGCGAGGCCGUUUCGAUUCCCCAAAAGCUAUGCAGAGCUGAUUGCUGACUGGCCCGUGGUGGUUUUGGGAGUCUGCACUGUGCUCAUUGUUGUGUGUGCCCUGGUUGGCAUUUUGGUUCCGGACCUGCCAGAUUUCUCCGACCCACUCUUGGGGUUUGAGCCGCGAGGGACGGCCAUCGGUCAGAGGCUGGUCACAUGGAACAACAUGGUGAAGAACACUGGCUACAAGGCCACGUUGGCCAACUAUCCCUUCAAAUACGCUGAUGAGCAGGCGAAAAGCCAUCAAGAGCCGAGGUGGCCUGAAGAUCACUUUGACAGAGACAAACGACAAGCAGAGUGGGACUUCAGCAAGGAGUUUUUCUGUGAUGUUCCUGGUGACAGCUACUCCAGACUGGUGUUCUCGUCAGCUGAAGGGAAAAACCUAUGGAACAUUCAAGCCAUCAAAUCCAUGUGCAACCUCGACAACGCCAGGGUGCGCUCUCAUCGUGACUACUGGAGUCUGUGCCAGCGCACCAACGACGCCUCCUGUUGUCCCAGCUGGACUCUCGGGAACUACAUCGCUGUCAUUACCAAUCGGUCGUCGUGCCAGAAGAUCACAGAGCGAGACGUUUCGCACACGCUCAAGAUUCUUCGCUCCUGUGCCAAGUACUACCACAAUGGGACGUUGGGGCCGGACUGCUGGGACAUGGCGCUCACACGGAAAGAUCAGCGCAACUGCGCCAGUGUGCCACGAAAGUGUACCAAGUACAAUGUUGUCUAUCAGAUCCUCCACUUCCUGGUGGACAAGGACUUCCUCAGUCCGAAAAGCCUGGACAAUCCCCCGCCGGUGCUCAAGUACAGCAUGCUCUUCUCCCCGACAGAGAAGGGCGAGUCCAUGAUGAACAUCUAUUUGGACAAUUUUGAGAACUGGAAUUCCUCGGACGGCAUCACCUCAGUGACAGGAAUAGAAUUUGGCAUCAAACACGACCUCUUUCAGGACUACCUGCUGACAGACACGGUGUAUCCAGCCAUCGCCAUCGUCAUCGUCCUGCUGGUCAUGUGUGUGUACACGCGCUCCGUCUUCAUCACGCUCAUGACCAUCAUCGCCAUCAUCAGCUCGCUCAUCGUCUCGUACUUCCUGUACCGCUUGGUCUUCAACUUCGAGUUCUUCCCCUUCAUGAAUCUCACGGCGCUCAUCAUCCUGGUGGGCAUCGGCGCCGACGACGCCUUCGUGCUCUGUGACGUUUGGAAUUACACUAAGCUUGAUAAGCCGCACUCGGAGCUGGCAGAGACAGUUGGAGUGACGCUGCAACAUGCCGCUCUGUCCAUGUUCGUCACCAGCUUCACCACCGCUGCUGCUUUUUACGCCAAUUAUGUCAGCAACAUCACCGCCAUCCGCUGUUUUGGUGUCUACGCCGGCACAGCUAUUCUGGUGAACUAUAUUCUCAUGGUGACUUGGCUUCCUGCGGUGGUGGUGCUGCACGAGCGCUACCUGCCGAAUAUAUUCCCCUGCUCUAAGCCGCCACAUCAGCAGAGCGGUUUUUGUACCCGCACCUUCUGGGCUGGACUUUGCCAAAGAGCCAACAAAUGCUUGUUUACCAUCUCUGAAGCCUCAAGAAUCUUCUUUGAGAAGGUUCUCCCUUGCAUUGUCAUCAAACUACGCUACCUCUGGCUCUUCUGGUUCCUCGCCCUCACAGUAGGGGGCGCCUAUGUGGUUUGCGUCAACCCAAAGAUGAAGCUCCCGUCUCUGGAGCUUGCAGAGUUCCAGGUUUUCCGGUCCUCUCAUCCUUUCGAGCGGUACGACGCUGAGUACAAAAAGCUCUUCAUGUUUGAGAGGGUCCACCACGGAGAGGACCUCCACAUGCCAAUCACCAUCAUUUGGGGCGUCACUCCCUUGGAUAACGGAGACCCCCUCAAUCCGAAAAAUAAAGGGAAGUUGAUUCUGGACAAGAGCUUCAACAUCGCCAGUCCGGCCUCUCAGCUGUGGAUCCUCAACUUCUGCCAGAAGCUGAGAAACCAGAGCUUCGUCUUUCAGUCUGUCGAGCAGGACUUUACCAGCUGCUUCAUAGAGACGUUCAAGCAGUGGAUGGAGAACCAGGACUGCGAGGAGGCGUCCGUCUACCCCUGCUGCAGCCAGUCCACCUUCCCUUACAAGCAGGACGUCUUUGAGCUGUGCAUCAAAAGGGCCAUCAUGGAAUUGGACCGCAGCACAAACUACCACCUCGACAGCAAGACGCCCGGGCCCCGAUUUGACAUCAACGACACCAUAAGAGCCAUAGUCCUGGAGUUCAAGAGCACCUACCUCUUCACGCUGGCCUACGAGAAGAUGCACCAGUUCUACCGUGAGGUGGACGCCUGGAUCUCAGAGGAACUGCGAAACGCGCCAGCAGGUCUCAGUCAUGGCUGGUUUGUAAGCAACUUGGAGUUCUAUGACCUCCAGGAUAGCCUGUCUGAUGGCACUCUAGUGGCGAUGGCGCUGUCCGUGGCUGUGGCCUUCAGCGUCAUGCUCCUGACCACCUGGAACGUCAUCAUCAGCCUGUAUGCAAUUCUGUCCAUAGCUGGCACCAUCUUUGUCACGGUGGGCUCGCUGGUCCUCCUGGGCUGGGAGCUGAAUGUCCUGGAGUCUGUCACCAUCUCUGUGGCUGUGGGGCUGUCGGUGGACUUCGCCGUGCACUACGGUGUAGCUUACAGGCUCGCUCCCGAGCCAGAUCGCGAAGGAAAAGUCAUCUUCUCCCUCAGUCGUAUGGGGUCUGCGAUUGCCAUGGCGGCCCUGACCACCUUCGUCGCUGGCGCCAUGAUGAUGCCGUCCACUGUCUUGGCUUACACCCAACUGGGCACCUUCAUGAUGCUGAUCAUGUGCAUCAGCUGGGCCUUCGCCACCUUCUUCUUUCAGUGCAUGUGCCGCUGCCUCGGGCCCCAAGGCACAUGCGGUCAGAUCCCGCUGCCAAAAAAGCUGCAGUGUCGGGCGUUUUCCAAGGAAACGUCUGCCAACGUGUCGUUGGAAUCAAAGAGUCCAAACCUUGGGAAGUACCCAGUGGACGGAAGCGGUGAGGAGGGGGAGCAUUAUGAGUUGGAGCCUUUGGCUUCCAGUCAGAAACCUGAAAACAGAGCUAAAGAUUCGGAUUCUUCUUCUCAGCUGUACAACGGCGUCCCAUCCCACCAUCAAAAUGUCUCAUAUUCCCAUGUCAGUUAUCAAUGCCAAACUGGGACCGGGCGACAUGGUCAGGAGAACGGCAUCGUCGCUACAUUGGCCUCCCCUUCCAGGUGCCAGUACUCUCCAAGUACUCGUUGCACAUGUGAGGAACUUCCUCACCUGCCCCAGCAGUGGACGACUCAGCAGUCCCCUCAAAACUCACAUUCCUGCUCUUCCUCCCCCAGGAUGGGGUACAAACAAAACUCCAACCUUGAACCGGUGUACGCUCGGACAGACUGCCACCUUCACUACGCCCACUGCACCCCGGCUCACUUCUACCCCUGCUCCCAGUGUCGGGCUUUAGCCCCUCAACACGCCUCUGCACACAGCUGCUAUCUCAGGAAGUAUUGUGUCCCCGCUCCAGGUCGGGAACUGCGAGCGGCGACGGCCUCUUCUAACCAGACUCUACCAGACUCUCGUGCCGCAACACAAGAACUGAACCACAGUCCUGAGUCACAUCCUGUUCCUCCAUCUGUGACUCAAACACACAGCCCAUUGCAUCACACCAACACUGCUGACACACCAACAUCGAGGGAUCAUUGUGGUGAAAACGCCGCAAACACAGGAACAGCGACAGACACAGACGUUUGUUGCCAGACUCCUGCUGAACAGUUUCAGGUCACGCCGGAUAACGGCGUCGACAAGCAGACUUCUAAACCGCAGCGGUCGUCGUCCACUUCGCCAAAGAAAUUCAACUGUUUCACCCGGACACUCAAAGUGAAGUGCAAUCCAGCUUCAGAGAAUAUCGUGCCAAAAAGUGACACCAGCGUGCCUCCUCAUACAAUAACUCCCACUCCUCACGCCGAAAGUUUAUGUUGACCACAAAUUCAUGUUUGGGGUGUUGAGUUUAGGGACGUUGGUCGACCAAGUGCCUCCAGAAAAACAUUUUGUUUACACUCUUCCACGUCCACUAUGCACUAACCAACGUUGUGUACCAGAUCACCUUCAAACACGAAGCUGUUUCAUUGUGACACAGUGGCAUAUUGCAGCCUUUUGCACAUUCUUCAUAACAGUCCAGCAUCUAUAUAUGUAGUGGUAAUGUGUGUUAUUAAGUGUUUUGAUCACAAAGCUAAGGUGCGCCACAUUUUACGUACAAAUCUCUGCUUGUAUUUUGGGGGAAUUGAACUGUGCUGCUGGGCUCAUGCCGCCACAUGCCUCAGAUAACAGAUGUACUGUCAUUAAAAUGCCUUUUGUAUCA